GCUGCCGCCGCCGCCGCCGCCACCGUCGCCACCGUCGCCGCCGCCUUUGCUACCGCUGCGUUCGGGUGUAGAAUUUGGAAUCCCUGCACCUCGUUAACAAUGAAGCAGAGUUCGAACGUGCCGGCUUUUCUCAGCAAGCUGUGGACGCUUGUGGAGGAAGCCCACACUAACGAGUUCAUCACCUGGAGCCAGAAUGGCCAAAGUUUUCUGGUCUUGGAUGAACAGAGAUUUGCAAAAGAAAUUCUUCCAAAAUACUUCAAGCACAAUAACAUGGCAAGCUUUGUGAGGCAACUGAAUAUGUAUGGUUUCCGUAAAGUUGUACAUAUUGACUCAGGUAUUGUAAAGCAGGAAAGAGAUGGUCCUGUUGAAUUUCAGCAUCCUUACUUCAAACAAGGCCAGGAUGACUUGUUGGAGAACAUUAAAAGGAAGGUUUCAUCUUCAAAACCAGAAGAAAAUAAAAUUCGUCAGGAGGAUUUAACAAAAAUUAUUAGUAGUGCUCAGAAGGUUCAAAUCAAACAAGAAACUAUUGAGUCCAGGCUUUCUGAAUUAAAAAGUGAGAAUGAAUCCCUUUGGAAGGAGGUGUCAGAAUUAAGAGCAAAACAUGCACAACAGCAACAAGUUAUUCGAAAGAUUGUCCAGUUUAUUGUUACAUUGGUUCAGAAUAACCAACUUGUGAGUUUGAAACGUAAAAGGCCUCUACUGCUAAACACUAAUGGAGCCCCAAAGAAGAAUCUGUUUCAGCAUAUAGUCAAAGAACCAACUGAUAAUCACCAUCACAAAGUUCCACACAGUAGGACUGAAGGCUUAAAGCCAAGAGAGCGGAUUUCAGAUGAUAUCAUUAUUUAUGAUGUUACUGAUGAUAAUGCAGAUGAAGAAAAUAUCCCAGUUAUUCCAGAAACUAAUGAGGAUGUUAUUUCUGAUCCUUCCAGCUGUAAUCAGUACCCUGAUAUUGUCAUUGUUGAAGAUGACAAUGAAGAUGAAUAUGCGCCUGUCAUUCAGAGUGGAGAGCAGAGUGAACAAGCCAGAGAAUCCGUGAGUUCAGGCAGUGAUGGCACUAGCCCUCUCAUGUCUAGUGCCAUCCAGCUAAAUGGCUCAUCUAGUCUGACCACAGAAGAUCCUGUAACCAUGAUGGAUUCCAUCUUGAAUGAUAACAUCAAUCUUUUGGGAAAGGUUGAACUGUUGGAUUAUCUUGACAGUAUUGAUUGCAGUUUGGAGGACUUCCAAGCCAUGCUCUCAGGAAGACAGUUUAGCAUAGACCCAGAUCUACUGGUUGAUCUUUUCACUAGUUCUGUGCAGAUGAAUCCCACAGAUUACAUCAAUAAUACAAAAUCUGAGAAUAAAGGAUUAGAAACUACCAAGAACAAUGUAGUUCAGCAAGUUUCAGAAGAGGGAAGAAAAUCUAAAUCCAAACCAGAUAAGCAGCUUAUCCAGUACACUGCCUUUCCACUUCUUGCAUUCCUUGAUGGGAACCCUGCUUCUGCUGUUGAACAGGGAAGUACAACAGCAUCAUCAGAAGUUAUGUCCUCUGUAGAUAAACCCAUAGAAGUUGAUGAGCUUCUGGAUAGCAGCCUGGACCAAGAACCAACCCAAAGUAAGCUUGUUCGCCUGGAGCCAUUGACUGAGGCUGAAGCUAGUGAAGCUACACUGUUUUAUUUAUGUGAACUUGCUCCUGCACCUCUGGAUAGUGAUAUGCCACUUUUAGAUAGCUAAAUCCUCAAGAAGUGGACUCUACUUGUAUAUAUUCAUCAAAAUGAUGAACUAUUUAUUUUAAAGUAUCAUUUGGUACUUUUUUUUUUGUAAAUUGCUUUGUUUGUUCAAUCAGAUACUGUGGAAUAAAAGCACCUUUUGCUUUUCUCACUAGCCACACACUCUUGGCAAAGCUUUCAGAUGUUAUUCUGCUGCGUAGGUAUACAAGAUUUAAUGCACAUUAUUGCGUAUCUUCAAGUUGGAUUUAAAUGUCCGUUUUUUUCCAAUUGUAGUUAAGUGGAAUUUUUUUCACAAAAUAUCCAUUAACCCCAGUUCAACUUUUGUUUGUUUUAUUUGUUUGAUGCUGUCUGUUUGCAUUCAGUGGAAAUCACUAGAACUGAAUGGUAGAACUCCUAAGGCUUUCUCUAUUCCAGUUACCUUUAUUAAUAUUUUUCACUUGGUUUAUUUUAAAACUGGGAACAUAAAGUGCCUGUAUCUUGUAAAACUUCAUGUGUCUCUAGGCUCAGAGAACUUCAUUUAUGUUCAGAGAAUUUCAUUUAUGUUCAUAAGGGAAGGCAAAGUGUACACAGUACUUACUGUCAUGGUUUCAGCUCCAUAUACAUUGAAAGAAGGUGGGGAUGGGAUGGAGUCAACCCUAUCCACUUAGUUGGACUAGUUUUAAGUUCAAGUUUGUGUUUUUUUGAACCAUAUUCUUUAG